GGGUGAUGCUAUAAUGUAUCACUAUUCCAGCCCCCCGUCCGGGUGGUCUGCUUACGACGGCUACACUCCCCCCUCGCCUCACUACUCCCCCUACUACGGACCGCCGCCUCCCUCUGCCUCUGCCGCCGCCGCCGCCGCCGCCGCUGCUGCUGCUGCUGCCGCUGCCACCGCUGCCUCCUGCGCGCCCCGGACAAGCUCCUCUGCAGCCGCCUUCGACGACCCCCUGCUAGAGACCCCCAAGCGCUCGCGCGCCCGCCGUGCUUCCACCUUCACCCGCCCGACGCACGCGGCGCACCCGCACGGCCACGGACACCACCACGGACACCACCACAGCCACAGCACCUCCAAGCCCGCCCACGCCCAGCCUCCCCCGCCCAAGUCGCCGCCCAGGGCCACCGAGGCAGACGCCAUCCACCACAACAUCCCCCCGGGCUACAGCAUCAAGAACUGGAACCCCAAGGAGGCCCCCAUCCUGCUCCUCGGCAGCGUCUUCGAUGCAAACUCCCUCGGCAAGUGGAUCUACGACUGGACCGCCUUCCACCACGGCGCCACCGCUCCCAUGGCCGACGUCGCCGGCGACCUCUGGCUCCUCCUCAUCAAGCUCGCCGGCAAGGUCAAACGCGCAGACGAGUGCGCCCCCCUCAUCCGCUCCACCGAGGCCCGCGAGAUGGUCGAAGACUUUGUCGAGUCCGGCGAGCGCCUCUGGUCCAGGUUCAAGCGUCUGCUCAAGGCCUGCGAGCACUUCAUGUGGAAGGCCGCCAAGCGAGAACACGCCGCCCGCGGUGGCUCCCCGACCACCAUCACCAUGGGCCGCAACGCCGGCUGCGAGUUCGUCGACUCCAUCUUUGGCCGCGACCGGGAGCUCGAGAACACAGAGAAGCUCAUGAACAGCGUCCGUCUCUGGAACAUGCGCUUCGACGCCAACUGCGGCGAGCUCCUCCGCGAGGUCUCCAAAUGA